CCAAUGAGCAGCGCGCGGCGCCACCGCGCGCCCUUCGUUGGCGCGGCGGCCCCGGGCGGGGUGUGUGGGGGGAUUGCCGCCUCACCAAUCCUCGCCCGCGUCGGUCGCACGUGACCCCUCCCCCUGCUCCCAUUCAUCAGGGGGGGGGGGACGACGGUGUCGUCCUUUCAAUUCAUUUAUCUGCAGGAAUGAUUGCUGCUAUCAGUCUCGCGCUCACCGCCCGGCUGAGGAGCCUUGACUCGAGGCCCUCUCGGCAGAGACUGAGCGGCGAGAAAGUGAGAGCCCGGCCGGCGCGGUUCGAGCGGCUGGCGCCGGAGCCCGCCUUCUACCGGCCGGCAGUCAUCUCGCUUGCCUGCCUUUGGCCGGGCGGGUGCCGGCUAGCGCCUGGCCACUGCCUGCUGGCUGAGACUUCGUUAGGUGGGUCGACUCCCCCUCCCUCCUCCUCUUCUUCCUCCUCUUCCUCCGCCUCCCAUUUCUCCUCCUCCUCCUGAUCUUCCCUCCUUGGCGGGCGAGGGUGGGGGGGGCGGGGGAGGCCGGGGCUUGCCCCGUGCAGCCACGAUGCUCCUGGACGCCGGACCCCAGUAUCCCGCGAUCGGUGUGACCACCUUUGGUGCAUCCCGGCACCACUCGGCGGGCGACGUGGCCGAAAGAGACGUGGGCCUGGGUAUCAACCCGUUCGCCGACGGCAUGGGCGCCUUCAAGCUCAACCCCAGUUCGCACGAACUGGCCUCGGCCGGCCAGACUGCCUUCACGUCGCAGGCUCCGGGCUACGCCGCUGCCGCGGCCCUGGGCCACCAUCACCACCCCGGCCACGUCGGCUCCUACUCCAGCGCUGCUUUCAAUUCUACCCGGGACUUUCUGUUCCGCAACCGGGGCUUCGGCGACGCGGCGGCGGCAGCUAGCGCCCAGCACAGUCUCUUCGCUGCUUCGGCCGGCGGCUUCGGGGGCCCACACGGCCAUACGGACGCCGCGGGCCACCUUCUUUUUUCUGGGCUUCACGAGCAGGCGGCCGGCCACGCUUCGCCCAACGUGGUCAACGGGCAGAUGCGGCUAGGUUUCUCCGGGGACAUGUACCCACGGCCGGAGCAGUACGGCCAGGUGACCAGCCCGCGAUCCGAGCACUAUGCCGCACCGCAGCUUCACGGCUAUGGGCCCAUGAACGUGAACAUGGCUGCACACCACGGCGCUGGAGCCUUCUUCCGCUAUAUGCGCCAACCCAUCAAGCAAGAGCUUAUCUGUAAAUGGAUCGAGCCGGAGCAGCUGGCCAACCCCAAAAAGUCCUGCAACAAAACUUUCAGCACCAUGCACGAGCUGGUCACGCACGUCACGGUGGAGCACGUCGGCGGCCCAGAGCAGAGCAACCACAUCUGCUUCUGGGAGGAGUGUCCACGCGAGGGCAAGCCCUUCAAAGCCAAAUACAAACUGGUCAACCACAUCCGCGUGCACACGGGCGAAAAGCCUUUUCCCUGCCCGUUUCCUGGCUGCGGCAAGGUUUUCGCGCGUUCAGAGAACCUCAAGAUCCACAAAAGGACGCACACAGGGGAGAAGCCCUUCAAGUGCGAGUUCGAGGGCUGCGACCGGCGCUUCGCCAACAGCAGCGACCGCAAGAAGCACAUGCACGUGCACACUAGCGACAAGCCCUACCUUUGCAAGAUGUGCGAUAAGUCCUACACGCACCCCAGCUCUCUGCGCAAACACAUGAAGGUCCAUGAGUCCUCUUCUCAGGGCUCACAGCCUUCGCCCGCCGCCAGCUCGGGGUAUGAAUCGUCCACGCCACCCACCAUCGUGUCUCCCACCACAGACAACCCGACCACCAGCUCCAUGUCGCCCUCCUCCUCCGCGGUCCACCACACAGCCGGCCACAGCGCGCUCUCUUCCAAUUUUAACGAAUGGUACGUUUAAAAUCAGAAACAAAACAUGCCGACCCCCUAUUUAAGAGACUGAACACACACGUAUAUACAUACACAGUAUUAUUCAAAGAAUCCUGAAACUCGAGACACCCCUCGUCCCGAUCCCGCAAACGUUUGUUUUGUUUGUUUGAUUUUGUUUUUAAAUCUGCCAGAAAUCCAGGACUGAGUAAAACAGAGGAAGCAGCAAACCUUUAGUUCCCCCCUCCCCAAAUUUCUUUUCUUUUUCCCCCACUUUGAAAAGGUUUGGUAGCUGAAGGGCCGGAGGGGUGGACGAGAAGGCGGCUGCCUGACCGAACACCGCCAAAGGCCCUGAUGGCCAAUUUCUCUUGGAUCAGAACACGCUCUCUGGGGCUUCAGUUUUUCUUUAUCUUCUUGUUUUGUUUUCUUGUAAAUACAGAAUUAUUAGCUUAAA